UUCGCGUGAACCAUCUUCCACCAGAGGGCGCUUGUGACAGUAUUGACAUAUGACAUAUGACAAAUGAGGUUAGACCAAAAAUACAAAAAUGUCUUUUUUUUCGCACGGUUUGCGGCAUCAGAGCCGCUUUUUUUUGAAAAUACACCAGAAUUUACUUAGUCCGGCGACUACAGUGCGCAAUUUUUCGGCCAAGAAAACCCUAAAAGGGGCGUUCAAGUUGGGGCUUGCCGGCGUCACGGUGGGGGCUCUCGUGGGCACUGGGUACUCCAUACACAAGCUAAACCAGCCGCGGUUGCACAUAAUCAAUGAAGAGACCACAAUUCCGGCUGUCGAUAGUUUACCAGAAAUCACCCCAAGUCGAAAGAUACACUUCCCGGAGGACCGGUCGGGCUUAAAACUCACCCUGUAUCAGUACCAAACGUGUCCGUUUUGCUGCAAAGUCCGCGCUUUUUUGGAUUAUUAUGGUAUUUCGUACGACAUUGUUGAGGUGGAUCCUGUCCUGAGACAGUCAAUCAAGUGGUCUACGUAUAAGAAAGUGCCGAUUUUAGUGGCUGAGUUGUCGCAAGGGUACCAACCUUUGAACGACAGCUCCAUGAUAAUCUCCGCCCUUUCCACGUUUCUUAAAGACAAGAAAGAACUGCGAGAGAUCGUCAAGUGUUACCCCCAUAUCACGUACAUUGACGAAGACGGCGCUAAGAAGAGUGAAAUCAUGAACAAGUAUUUUCUGGUUUUGGGGCAACCCACAAUCACUAAACAAAUCAAUGAUGAGCGACAGUGGCGUAAAUGGGUUGACGAGGUCUUCGUCCACGUCCUCUCCCCCAAUGUGUACCGCACCCGCGACGAAGCCUUCCAGGCUUUCAACUGGUUCUCGGAGGUGGGUGAGUGGGAUAAGAAUUUCCCGCCGUGGGAGCGCAACCUGAUUAUAGUCGUGGGGGCCUCAGCCAUGUACUUAAUUGGUAAAAGACUGAAGAAAAAGUAUGGUUUGAAGGACGACGUCCGGCAAACGUUGUAUGACGAGUGCAACCACUGGAUGAAGGCUGUGAGAGCCAAAGGGGCGAAGUUCAUGGGGGGCGAGCGCCCGAAUUUAGCCGAUUUGGCGAUGUAUGGGGUCCUGUGUAGCAUCGAGGGCUGCGACGCUUUCAAGGACGCGCUAGUUCACUCAAAAAUCAAGGAUUGGUAUUAUUUGAUGAAGGAGGCCGUGAAUAGCCACCAGGGGGCACAGUUUGUAUAAUUUACCACAAAACCGUCGUUUAUUUUAUUGUUAUUUGUUGCGAUUUAUGAAUAAUACUAGGUUUAUUUUA